AUGGGAAAGAAGGGCGACGCGAAGAAGCGUCGACCAGCUGACCCAAUGUGCCCGGACGAGGAUGACCUCGAACCGCCGGAUGGAGCUUUAUUGAAUAAUAUUAGGGCUUCCAGAAUAGAAAGGGAUCUAGAGGGAGUGACCACGGUCCUCUUGGUUUCCGCGCGUCCCGGAAAGUCCGUAUCUCCGGUUGGAAUAUUGACAAAAACGGCACGAACGUUCGUGCAAGAUGGUGCAAGCACCGAAUUCGCCACUCAAGUCCUUGGUACGACUUUAGACAACGGUCGCCUCUACGCAAGAAUUCUAUCAACAUCCAGCAGAGUGUUCUACGAUAAAAAUUCAACGCCAGAUCCAUCGAGCCCCUACGUCGUUUAUCCCUCGAAAGCGCCUGAAAAUGACUGGCGAUUGAAGGAAGCGCCGAUUAAGACUAUCGAAGGGAUACCAAUUCCGACGGGCGACAGCAAUGCGGAAUCGAGUGAAUCGAAGCAGGAAGAAACCGCGAGUACCACAAAACUGGACGAGUUAUUCAAAGAGAACGAUAUAUUCAACAAAAAGGAGCUAAAUGUCGACGCACAGAGGUUCAAGCCGGCGAAGGUACGACCGGCCGACAAUUUGCCCACUUAUACCGUUAAGCACGAGUACGUGACGAGCAGCUUCGACUCGUUCGAUGACGUGCAGUCCAAGAGUUUGAGGCCGCGAGUGCCGAAAAUUUUUAAACCGCAAACGAAAGCUCCGCCGCAAAGUAAAGGAGACGCGAAGCCUCUCGCCACGGUGACUUAUCACGGUUUCGCGGACUUUACGACCACGGUAGGCGACACCGUCAUCGUCUUCUCGCCGAGCACGUCACCGGUGCCCGUGGGACGUCCUGCCACGACGAUCAAAGGCGACGCCACGCUUCGUCCGGACGAUGGCGUGGCGGUGGUGAAGAUCCGUCCCACGAGCGUGAUGGAACGCGCGACGAGAACCAAUCGGCCUUACGAGGAAAGCCAGAAGCACGCUUCGGAUGAUCGACUAUUGAGCGCGAUCAAUCGUGGCAAUAUUCAACCGAGCGUCACCGAGGAGAUCGAAGGCGAGUCGUCCACGAUGUCCACGGAACCGUUAUUGCUGGUACCCGAUGUCGAAACGGGAUCAUCGAAGCCGACGGGUCUUCUAAAAGUCAUCGACUCCACUACUUCGUUGGACGGUACCACGACGCAUUACAAGAGUCUUAUUUACGGCACGUAUAUCGGCACGAAUUACGCGCAAAUUAUUCACACGUCUUCGAAUGUGUAUUUCUUCCCGGAUGAGGCUACUGCGUUGUACGGGGAUGAUGAGACCACGGUAGAGUAUGGUACAACAGGAACGGAACCCGACGAGCAAGAUACCACGGUUGAGGCACUGCCUUCCACUACGCCGACGACCAACGAAGAAACACCGCCUGAGAUGAAUGAGCUGACCACGCCAUUGAAAAGCACAACGGAUAGAGUCUUUACGACCCUGAAGGAUAUUUUAGAGAGCGCGAGAAGAGUGCUAGGAACAACCGAACGAGUGCGACCGAAUAUAGAUUAUGAAUUUCCCAAUGAUAUCGCGUCGGGAGAUCCUCAGGGUCGUAGCAUCAAAGGCGACUCUUCUCUGAAUAAUCAUCAAGUCGGAAAAUACAAGCCGCAUGGAUUUAAAUCGAGUAAUGCAGAAGAGAAAGUGACAUUAGCGACUAGAUUACUACCGUCUACCGUCUACAAGACAUUCACAUAUUUCACGACUUUCUUUAUUCCAAACAACGAGGAGACUACUACUUCGAUACGCUCUCGAGAAGUAGUCUCCUCCGAGGUAACCUUUCUCACGGAAUUAAUUCGACCUACCUCGACCGAUAGUUCGAUCAAAUCUACUUCUUCACCAGGCACAAAAACACCAAGUUUACCUGACGAGACUGAAGAAGAACAGACUACCAAGCAAGACGAAGAAAUAGAAUUAAUUUUCAAAACUUUGUACACGACGUAUACGUAUCUAACGACGUUCUUCCAAGAAAAUACGUCGAGUGUAUCCAGUCGACAAGUCAUCGAAACUAACGUUAUCACGCAAACUGUUGGACCUAACGGCGUUUCCGCCAUUGUCGCCAGUCUCUUUGACAAGGAUGAAUCCGUUUUGAUUUCACCGACAACGAUAUCGCAGAAUAUCCUCCCGUCUGUGAGAAACGCUCAAACUUCUGAGGAACAUAAAGUUUCCGACGAAACGACGGAAGAAAAUCCAACUACUUUCCAAGAUCAGGACACUACUGUACACGAGAACAUUCCAACGGAAUCUAUCACGACAGUUGAUGAUUUUGAGACGUCGGAUGGAUGGAUCACUGAUUUAGAGCCGAGCCCGACUCCGGCAAUGGCGAGUCAAGCGAUAAAAGAACAAGUGAAAACGUACUACACGACUUACACGUACUUCACCACUAUUUUUGUGGACGACGAAACGGAAAUCGAGACACGAACCGAAGUCUUCACUAACAUCGUGACGGAAUCUAUUACGCCCACGAACGUUCAAUCGGCUUCGCAACAGACGACUCAAUCGACGACGCCAAAAUCUGAAUCUGCCGAAAAUAAAUCUGCAUCAGUUCCUCCGGAAAUCUUGGCGUAUUUACAGGCUCUGCAACGUCAAAAGUCCCAGGAAGAGGCGCUUUCACUGGCAAAAAAAGUUCAGCAGGCCAAUACGGAUCAAACAACGCAGGCUGACGAAACCACGACCGAAAACGAUACCGAGACAACGACGGAGCUGCCUACUACCUUGGAAGAUCGCUCGACCACUGAAGAGAACCUAUUCCGUAAUUUCCAAGUAGGCGCGCAAGUAACGCCUAAUCCGCCGACCGACGUGGAAGUUCUGGGCUCUAUGAUUACGGAUGUCGUGUCAUCUUCUAGUUCCGGUGGCGGUACCGUUCUCGAUGUGAUGGAUAAGAGAAAUGCCGUUCCCGAGGAUCAAGAACUGUCAGAGUCGAAUAAUCACGAGGUAGAGCCGGCACCGACGUUGCUUCUGCAGACCAGUUAUACGACCUUCACGUACUUCACGACAAUGUACAAAGGCGACCAGACGAAUGUCGCCAGCCGUCUACAAACAAUUACGAACGUCGUUACAGAGACUUUAAGGCCGUCCCUCGUGGUGCCGGUUCCUACCAGCACGCUGCCUGUCACGUACUUCACAACCUUUACUUACUGGACGACAUUCUACAAGGGCGGCGAUACUUUAACCACUAGUCGCGAGGAAACGAUCAGCAACGUCGCCACGCCAGGAGUUUCGCCUACGCCCAGAGUCGAACUCGGCGUGAUAAUGACGUACACGCCAACCUUGAGUCCUCCGUCAGAGGACGAUUCUUAUAUCGACGAGCAAGAAGAAUCCAAGAUUACGGCGGAUAACGAAGUUACGCCUUUAGGCAACGCCGCUCCGGAAAAAUCCAUUACCGAAAAGACGAACAAAUUGUCCAAAGGAAUUAUAACCAGCCCCGACGAGAAGAACGUCGUGAAUACUUCGCCAAUCUCGCCCGAACCCACGACCUUCUAUACUACGUUUACUUAUUUCACUACGUCCUACAUCGGGAACCAGACGAUUCUAACCAGUAGAUUGGAGACGAUAACCAGCGUAUCGACACCAGAUAUUGCGACGCAACAGGCGACCGGACGCGCGAUUAACGGCCCUGUAUAUCCAUCGAUUCAAGUAUUAAAUACCGAUGAGAAGAUAACCGUGACACCUUCCAAGGUAUCCGAGAAUCUGAAAACGGGUUUGAUCUCGACGAUACGUUCGAGCGAAGUACACGAAGAUACCACGACUCAUUACACGACGGAUGUAUACGGCACUUACGUGGAUGGAUAUUACGCACGAGUGGUAAAGAGCUCGUCGAGGAUAGAAACGCCACCCUUAUUUUCCUCGUCGAUAGCUACGCCGGUUCUUCCUACGGGCGUUCUGUCCUUGAAUAAGGGAAGCGUAGUGGAUGCCGACCAAGUCACCACUGUUUACUUCACAACCAAGCAGAUCGGCACGCUGUUCGAGGGAACUUACGCCAAAGUAAUCGAGAGCACGUCGAGCACCAAGAUAGACGAAGACAAGAAAUCGACUAUUUCGCCGAUUCACGGUCAUCGAACUGGUCUGGUGCGUCUGAUUAAGGGUCAAAUCGAGAAUGACGGAACCACUACGUUCUAUCAAUCGAAAGUUAUCGGCACUAGCAUCGAGGGUAGAUACGCUCAAAUUAUCGAAAGCACUUCCAGCUUCUUCGCGAAUCCCACGGCGAGUAUUUCGCCGACUUCUACUCUACCUCCGAGCCAGUCGACGGGUAUUCCAGAAAUCUCGCCCUCUCCCGCCGUCAUUCAAUCUUCCGAAGAUUCGACAGAAUCUCCCGAUCACGAGGAGGACGAGAACGAAGAAGAGGACGAAGAGGGCGAAGAAGACGAAGACGGGCAAAACCCUAAAAAGAAAUCACGAUUAACGUUCUCGACCAGAAAGAGAACGUUCACGCCAGUGAUCAGACCGUUCGCCUCCAGGAACAGACCGACGUUUAAUCCAAAACGUAAAGGCGCGCAAGCCGCGACGACUAUCACCAGAACGGAUAUAACGCCAACGAUAACCGCGACUUUGGCCGGUAAAAGUAACAGAUUCGCUUCGUCGCGAAGUCGCGUCACUUCGCCCAUCGGGCCGUAUUCCUCGACGUUAUCGCCGUCAGGUUCUCGACGAUUUUCGGGUAGACGAGGAAGCAGCGUCACCUCGAGCUCGAUACUCCCAUCGAGCAGUACUCGAGCCAGAGGACAACAAACCAGAAUAACUCCGUCGUCCGUGUUUCAAAGCAACAGACGCGGACCGACGUCGAUAAGAGGAUCCUCUUCUAAACUCGCGACUCGCGCGUCGAGUUCUGUAUUUCCCGGCGCUUCCUCGAGAUAUCGACCCGGCAUUCGACCAUCGUCGACGUUAUUGAGAGGACAAUCUACGGUUAGGCCAACCGACGAUCAGGAGAACGACGCUAAUGAAUUCACCACGGCUACGAUCUUCACGGACGAGACGUCGUUCACGGAAUAUGUCGAGGGCGAGACUGCGACUACUCCUUUGCAGACCACGACGGAAUCGUCCAGAAGAUCUACGAAUCCGCUCUUGCGAUUCCGCAGACCUAUUAAUUUAAACGGUAGAUCGGGAACCACCGCACGACCACCAACGACUACCACGACACCGAGACGAUCGGGAAAUUUAAAUAGACCGAGUGCGCCGACAGUUCCCAGAGCGACGAAUGGACGAACAAAUACACGCGCGACUCCUCCAGUAUCCACAAGAAAUCGACCAAGUAAUACAGGCCUGUUCCCUCCACGUGGGUUUCUCGGUAGAAAGCAGGAAUCGGUAACUGAAGAGCCAACCGAAGAACACGAAAGCGAAAAUGGUAAAAGUAUCGAGGACGAACAACCUGUCGAAGAGAUAUCGGAUAACGAUUAUGAAGGAUCAGAACACGAAGAUAGAAGAUCGAAUGCAAAUGUCAAUCGUCGUUCUGGGAAAGCCGUCGGUUCCGCCGUACAAAUCAGACCUUUCGGAACUAGAACGAGAAGAGUUCGUCGUCAAGCUAGUCAAUUGAGAGCAUAUAACAGUCGUUUCUAUAGACCCGGUCAAUCGUCAUUUAUAAAAGAUGAAGAGAAAUCUGAUUUUUUAGACGACUUCUCGAGUAAAGAAGACAUUACAAAAAUAACGCCGAAACCUAGUCCUCGAUAUAAUAAUCGAGCGCGAAGUUUGACGCCGUCGCAAUCGUCGCAACAGAAAAUAUUUAAUCCGGAUCAAUCGACGGAAACAACAGAGUUUGUAAAUCAACAGAAUAAACCUAAAACCAGAACGACUCAAUCUAUUAAUGGAAAUAGAAACGGAUCUGUCAGAAUAAAACCGUCUUCGAUCUCGAGCAAUGGAAGACAAUUUACGUUGAGAGAAAAAGAUGCUACCUCGAUCAGCAGGUCGGAUUACAAGAGACCGACUUCAAGACCGAGCAGCAGAUCGAGCAGUAAAACGACUCAAAGAGUGAGACCACCGAGAGUAAGAAACGGAUCUUCAAUCGGAUCUUCGAAUUCUCGAAGAGUACCGUCGUCCCGCGGAUCCUCAAGGUCGACGAACGGAAGAAGCGGAAGUAGCAGGAGAGGUUCUACAAGAGGAAGAGGAUCUUACGAGGACAUCCGUGAAUCGCCGACCGUGUAUCCGAAUUUUGACGGCACGAUAACCGUGACGCAUUAUGUGCCAACGGAGAUCAAGAUUCCUGUGGUAAACAACGGCGUGACGGAACAUCGUAACAUUAUAACUCAGCAACCAAGCACCGAAGUUCUCAGACCCUCUCAAUAUAGCACGGUGACAGCCGGAGACGGCAACUCGCUUGUGGUAAUCGUCAGCGAAGUUACGGGUACCAACGGUCAGGGUCAGACUGAGGUCACACGAUUUUUGCUCCACGAGACACCCACCACACGUAUCUCGCAUACUCUUUCGAGCCUCGGUGGUCGUCGCGUCUCUCAAUCGGUUAUCGUACCUACAACAGUAUAUUCCGUGGAAAAUAUCGUUUCCACGAUACAGCCGUCCUUGCCCGGCAACGCUCCUCUCGCCAAUAUUCUUCUCUCGCAAUUAUUACUCGGUCAAUUAGGUCCGAAUCCUCUGUUACAACAACCUCAACAAACUACGCCCACCACGCAAUAUAACACACGCACUACUUCCUACGUAACUACAAUAACGAAACAUCAGAGCACUGUCAUUCCUCUCACCUUCCGCGGGAAAGAGAUCCUAACGACUCUAGUCGAUUCCUCGACCGACGUUGUCACCGCGACGGAAUUCAUAACGGAUACCGUUGUAGUAACUCCGACAGCUGCGAUAUCGGCGGCGAAUAUCAAUUCCCUCCUGCUGUUGCUUCAACAACCACAGUCGCAAAAUUCUAAUCCGUUGCUGGAUCCUCUGUUCGCGCCUCCUCCAUUUACACAGAGUAACACCUUACCGGGGGAAGUCGAGAGAAGAAAUCAGCCGGCCGAUUCCGACUACAGACACGACAGCUCCGAAUAUUCCGAGGAUGAAGGCGAGGUGGAAGAAUAUCAGAAACCGUCUAGAUCGCACGGCGGACGUGGCAAAUCAAACGACAGGAAAAAAGCCUCCGCGGCCUCGAGCAAGCUCGAGUCCAGCGUGGUCACAUUAUACGUUUCCGGCCGCAGACCCGGAGAAUUCAGCACUGUUCUGAGCACCGUGAAGGUCGGCGAAUCCGUGACCGCGUCCAGGAGACGAAGAGGUGCCUUGGAGGAAACUGUCGAGGUCCGACCCUCCGUACCGCCGUCAUUGCACGCCGGACCGGCGGCAGUCGCCAUUUUAGCGGGAAGCGAAGAUCCUAGCGACGCACACGCACCGACACAAAGUCUCGAGAGCGUAGUGGACGAGUGGAAACGCAUCGCCUUUGCAGGUGAUUUCUACGAUGAGUCGGUGCAAUACGGAAAUAGAAAGGUCGCACGCGAGAGAGAAGGCAACAUAUGGUCCACGAACGAGGAUGACGUGAAUCUUGGAAGACUCGCGGACGAGUACGAAUCUCUUCAGGAUGUGCCGAAAAAACGUGUCAGAAUUCGCGUGCCCGUGGUGCGUAGCAGAACCGCUAGGCAACACAAGCUCACGGUCGUCAGACGUAGACCUUUGACGUCUCACACGCAGGAUCUCGACUAUUUCACCUCUACUGAACCAUACGCAGCACGAAGAAUCGUGGUGACGCGCGUCAGGACUCUCGGCUCGGACAAAUCCAUCUAUCCGGACGAUAUUCUAGACUCUGUCAAUCAUGAGUCUACCAUCGGAAAGCACAAGGUGACCAUAACCAGACGCAGAAAGCUUCAGUCCACGCCGACGGCAGUCAAGGAUAAAGUUAGAGUUACCAGGAAGAAGCUAGUUGCGGUGAGACCGAUAUUACCAACGCCUACUGCUGCCAUUAUCACUGCAGGAUUCUUUACCGCACCUUCCUCGGAGUACGAUGAAGAAUAUUCAGACGUGGAAGACGAGGAAGAACACACUGUUCAAAAGGAAGAUCAUAUCGUUACUCCUAACCUUGAAGAAACGCCGAAUGUUAUUGAUAAUAAACCGAACGAAAAAACGACGUCAUUGCAAAUUAGUUCGACUGUAUCUAAAGGAAACUUGCCAGACACGCCAGUGAUAAUUACCGACAAUUUCUUUUUCCCUGUGUCUGAUGACGAGAAAGAUGAAGAAUACGAAGAUGAUUAUUUCGACGUAAGUACUACAACUGAAAAUAUAGAUAACAUCGCCAUUUUCAUGAAAGACGAGCAGCAUCCCACAAGCAAAGUAAUUUCUGCAAAGGACGAAAAUAAUGUCGAAUCUAAUAAGAGCGACGUAGAGACGCGAAUAAAACAAAAUAUAACAGAAUUGAAGAUUGCCGUAUUAAAUGAAGAUGUACCAGCUGCUGAAUUUAUUCCUGUAGAAAAAGAUAAUGACGAUAAAUAUGCAACGAAAGAGUACACGACUGCCAGUCCUGAAGAGCAAACUACUAUCAUAGAUGAUGUUACUACAUUAAACGCGCCCGAAUCUACCGAAUCUACAAGCCUCUCCGAUGAAGAGGAUACUACGAGAAUAUCUAACACGAUGGAGACGACGACGUUCGAUUCGAAAGAAGAGAAUCUCAAUCAAGAAUCUCCCGAAGAUACGGACAUGAUACCGGAAACGAUCAGCGAAAUCCCGGAAGAGCUACUAACAGUACGACCCAUACAACCGGACGUUAAAAUUGACAGCGUUUUACCACUCGGGAAAUUAGCGUCGGAUUAUCCCGCGGAUUCGUACAUACCCAGCGUGAUACCCCUCGGCGCGAAUUACGCUCGCGAGACGAAAUCAUCGGUUCGCGAAACCUCCGUACUUGACACAAUUCCCGUGACCAAAGUCACGAGCAAGAUUGCUUCGCCCACGCCGGAGGAGAUCGAGGCCGGACUAGCGGACGAUCUUUACCUGUCGCUGUCCCGCCUCGAUUUCCCCGAGAUCUUGCCGUCGAAACCGGCCACGAUCGGCUUAGAGACCGAAUCCACGCCGGAUCUCACGUUAGAGCCAAGCACGAGUGUUUAUUACACGGAGACGGUGGUGACGUCGACGCGACUAAGGACUUACACGUACGUGGUGACACAACAGAACGGACUGGAGACUAAAGUGACAUCGUCGACGACCGUACGACCGAGAGUGACGACACUUACGCUGACGGUGCCCGUCACGGUGACUGUCACUCCUACCGUGGAGUCGUCAGCCGGCUUCGAAUCGUCUGUGUAUAAUCCAGUAGCCGGAGAAUAUGAGGCGAAGGAUGAAGAGGAGGGACGCAGAUUCAAUCUAGCGACCCGUGUAAUGUCAAACGGCGUUGAAGUCAUCGUCGCGGGGCCAACUCCGGCUCUGCGAUGGGAGAACUCGAAUCCUCAACCUACCCUCACCUUGUCGGAGGCGGUGGUCAUGCUCCUGCCGCAGGAUAAACCGAACGAGUUUGUCACGAAGACUUGCACAACAACUUUCACGUAUCUCAGCACGAUCACCAAGAAUGGAACGACUACCGUCACUACAGAGCAGCAGGUUGUAGCAAACACGGCGACGGAGGAAAGACAUAGAAAACCUGGCUCCGAAACGGCAGCUGUAACUCUAGAAGCGUCCCCGACUCUACGUACCGAAGUAUUUAAAACGACUUACACGUACCUGACCUUGAACACGGAUCAUCCGGAUGUGAAUGACGCUUUGGAAAGUAGCACGAAAGUUAUAACAAACACGGUUACCGCACCGCAGCAUUACCUAGACAUGAUUCUCGAGCCAUCAGAAGCUCCGCGACCGGAAACAAAUACAUAUCUCAGUACCAGAGUCUUAGAAAAGACAUUUAUGGAAGAAGGUCGAACGAAAAUAAAUACGGUCAGCGACACGAUUACCCAGCUAAUUGUAACAGAAUCAGCACCUCCGCCGCGACCAACCAGUGUCACAACAACUUUGACUGCUUUGGACAAUACUGACGGUAGCGUGACAGAUAUAACAAAGACAUAUUACAUCACGUAUACAUAUUACAAUACAUAUUUAGAAAAGGGUAGCACGGUAGUUCAUACGAAUGUAGCCACGUCGACUGACGUGGUAUUAGAGAAAGUUCCAGUGCGAAAAACUACCAUGAAAGCAGCUCCGAUUAAUCCCACGCAGGAACCUAUACAGAUCUUUGCUACCAAAACAUAUCUUACAACUUUCACUUACUUUACAACGUUACUGCAGGCUGGCCCAGAUGGAGAAACGUCAACCACUGUAACAUCUCGUUCGCAUAUCGUUGAAAAUGUCGUGACGGAAUCGAUAGCGCCGAGUUUAUUAGAUGCCGAUUACAUGAAUGCUCUAUUGACGACUGCCCAUCAUUCUGAUCCGGUGAAAAAUGUUGUCACGGGCUCGACUAUUAUCUUUUUCGACGAAGAGGCUCAGAUCGAUCCGACAGCGACCUCAAAUCUCCCGGAAUCAACCUCUUUCGCGGAAAUAAAAAAACACGAGAAGAGUGUCACGAGCACGACAGCUAUGAUGUCGACGGAUACGGUGUCGGAGAAUGUUAAUUCUGAUGUGAAACCAGUGGAUUCAAAUAAACAGGAUAAUAAUGACACACUAUCGACUGACGAGUCACAAAACAAACGUCCCGAUUCUCAAUCCGGAGAAGAGAAUCUUCCAGUCAACAAUCUCCUCAGUCUGGGUUCUUUAGGAAUAAACAGUUUGUCUGCUUUGGGACCGGUAAUUACGGCGAUGGCUGGAUUGCUGCAGGGCAAAAGUAACACUGCCUCUCGUAGAAACGACACCGUAUCUGUCCCCGAAACUCAAGAAGUCACAACACAGAGAUCGCCGAUUUAUAUUCCCGUCGCAGAAUUUGCUGAUGGUGAUAUAGAAACCGCCGAAAGUCAAAACAUCGCCGCUCAUUUGGCGAAUCUCAAUCACAAUUAUAUCGCCGAAACGCGUCACAAGGUAACCAGCAGUCUUGCCGACGGCAUACCGAUAUCUCCGGGCGAAAUAAUCACGGCAAACAGCGAUGUUAUCAUAGGAAAACCGGGCAAAAUGGCACCGAGACUGCCGCAGACAUUUUUGAAAGACGAGAAGCACAUUGGCAUGAAACCUCCGCCUUUACCGGUACCGAAUAUUCCGGUGCAUCCUGUAUUAGAAGUCCUGGAGAACGAUCGCGACGAUGUGCAAACUCAACAAACCGUGCAAGGUCCGCAAGUGCAGAUCUUACCGGCUCAUCAGAUUUACGAGGAACACUUGAAAGUGCCGGUUUCAAUUCCCCUUGAUAUUCCGAAUCAUUCAACAGUUUCUAAACAACCUCAAAAACUGCUUCCCGUUCAAUCAUUACCACCGAAAAGAAUUAUCUCAAAACAAGAUAUUUUGGAGAACGAUCCUUUGCUGAAGCCGCCCGAUAGACCGAAUGUGGAGCAAUAUGUGAAUCCUAAUGUAAAUCAUAAAAUUCCGGAAUGGAAUCCGGAGAAAUACAGAAGACCUUGGAGUGCCAAGGAUCCUUUAACACCACCCUUAUCACCUGCGAGAUUUGACGAGAUUCAUCCGGAUAAACAGAUUGAAAAACCUCGUCCAACUAUAUUGCCUUCGGAAGAGCAGAAACGACCACCAUGGGCACAAAAAGAUCCUUUAUUACCCGAUACUUCUAUUAUCCUACAGAACUCCGAAUCGAAGCCGAUUCCAACUGAACCGAUAGUUCAUCAAGUCCCGCAUGUCAUUGACAGAUCGACGGGGCAACCUCUAUUGGUCAACAUUCAACCCAGUCAAGUAGCUAACGUCGUGAUUCCUCAAGGUGGCACGCAAGCUUUAAUUUUUGGAGAUACCAAUGAACCUCAUAUAAGUGGGCAAUACUUUGACGAUCCUUCACCUUAUCCGGAACCUGAAGUUGGACCUGGUUUCGUCGGAAUUCAGAAAGUCGAGGACUUAGUGCAAUAUGCAAGCGAAAAAAAUCCAGCUGAUUACAUGGUUCCUCCGUCACCACCUGCUAAUUUUAAGCCUACUUCGUCGAAACCGGGUUUCUCCAGUCCGCACGCUAUCCUCUUGUCGCCCGUCCGCGGAAGACCGCAAGAAGUGUCAGAAACAUCUGCACAGCGACCCGAUAAAAGACCGUCAGAAGUCCACUUUAUUAAACGCCCUGACGGAUCCGGAACUUCCAGUCAGGGCCACGUUCAUACAGAAAUUCUUGUACAUCAUAAACCAGAGACAGUAAACAUUCGACCGCAACCAGCUCCUCAUCCAUCUAUUCAUUCCAUCCAUCAAUCAACGCCAGUACGCGGUCAUUUCUCGAACAAUCAAAAUCCAGGGGAACAAGUUCCACCGAGACGCGCAGAGGUCUCGACCGAAGUGCCACAUCGCUAUAUUUUCCUUGGAAAACCAGAUUCUGGAAACGACGUAGCUUUAGGUGCCAACUGGAAAUCCGAUAAAAAACCAAUUAGAUUCGCAUUAAACAAUCGACCGAGACCGCGACCGAUAUUAAGGCCGACGACUAAUCGUCCUCUGGAUAGACAUGUCUUUGUAGAACGACCGACCGGAUAUCCCGCGAUCAGGAAACCAACAUAUUCCGGACCGCAGAGACCUCCGGUAAACACGCAACAUAAUUUUGCAUUAUCACAUCGUCCGUCGGUGAAUACUCAGUCUUAUCAGGAACCUACUCGAAUACCGCCUAAAGUGUUUACUCUUCAGAGCGAAAAUAGACCGCAUAUUUAUUCAGAUAAAGUACAUAAUAUCGGAACGUCACAAAUCGAACAGAGCGAUAAUAUACCUACUGGAGCGAUAGAAUAUCACAAUCCUUUACAUCCGAGUUCGAUACCGAAGGGAAAUGAACAAUCUCUCGAAAAGGAUACUGAUUCUGACAUCGGUGCCUCGGAAUAUAUCAAUUAUCAGAAUCAUUAUCAUGUAAAAGAAAACAAGAGUCAAGAAAUUGCGACUCAAAAUAAAAAACAUACGACAGAUUCUACGUAUUAUCAAAGUACAAAUCAGACCUUGAAAUUACAAAUUCCGUACGGAACAGUCAUUUCCGUUAAUACAAACAAACCGUCGGAAAUCGGGCAGGAGCACGGCGUAAUUUAUAAUAAACACGAAAUAAAGGAAAAGCCAUUACAAGGACCUUACGAUACCGAAAUUUACGACACGAGACCUUACGAAACACCUAUAGUACAGGGCAAGCCUUUCGGCGUUUACAACGGUUACGAGCAGGGCACUUCUUACGGUUACAAACGAAAAGAAAACAAGCCCGAUUACGAAAUAGUUCACGGCAUACCCGCACCUCACAAUGAAAAUAUAAAACCGGUUAAGAAGAUACAAGAUGGACAAACCACGACGCUAAAUUCGCUCGAACGCGACGAUACUAUCGAUCUGAAGCCACCAGCAAUAAUAUCCCAGUUCGCGGAAGUAGACAGACCAGGCAGACCGUUCUCCAGACCGAGGCCUGAUUCGAGGCCCGUUCUAUACCUCAAACCGGAAAUAUUAACAAAACCUCCGAUUAAAUUGGAAAUCAGACCUGAUUACACAAAACGUCCGGAAAACGUCAAACUGAACGUCGCGGGAACUUUUAUCAAUCAGACAUUAAAUUACGGAAUAAAAUUGAAUCACGAGCUUCAAAAUUGGAACGCAGAUGCAGCGAUACCAGAUAAAUCUCAGCAAAAGAUAUCGACGGGACAUAAUUCCCGAAUUCCUGAGAACGUGAAAACCGAGCAUAAAAAUGUCACCACAUCUCGUCCGAUUACGUUCGGGAAUAAACGUCGACCAGAGCACGGAACGUACACGAGGAUCCAUCCGGAAUAUCCUCAUAUUCUGACAAAACCGAAACCUCAAGUGCCGGAGCCGGUAAUCGUCUCGAGCGGCAUCGCGGGUCUGGAAACCCACGAUCGUCCGAACAUCAAGUUCUCCAUGUCGGUCGAGGCUACGGGCGAGGAAGUCGACAGCAAGACGCAAACCGAAAGACCGCCCAGCAUGCUAGUCACAAAGAACAAUUUGUCGCAAAACAAGAAAGACGAGCAUGAAACAUUGAAUACAGCGCAUCAAACGAAUUUCGCCUCGUCGGAUUUCCAGGACGAGUUGAAGACGCGACCGGUUAAUAAUAAUAAAGAAAUGAAUGUUCCCUCCAGGAACAUGAUGCCACCGCCUUUGAAUGCAGGAUCGAAUAAAAACGAACAAGAGGGAAUUGAACUUUCGCCGCCGCCGACGCCGCCGUCGAGCGACGUACUCGGAUUGUCACCGCCGCCGGUAGACAUCACUACCACUCAUGUGCCGGUAGAUGAUAGAUUUGCUUUAGUGACGACUAAUGAAUCGGGUCUCAAACCUCCAAAAUAUAUACCUCUAAAAGAAUCGACGACAGUCGCACCGCCUCCGCCUAGCACGAAUAUGGUUCCACCGAGUCCGAGGCCGUCACUCACAAGACCUUUCCUCGUGGAACUACUGUCACAGGAUAUGGUACCGCCACCACCGGUAUUAACAACGACGAGACCGCUCGAGAUCGCAACCGUACGACCAGCCGUUGCGGUUUCCGGUUCUAUACAAAUAGCAACUGCUGUUGCCACGUCUCAUAUUCCAGUAGUUCAGGAUAUUGAAUCUAAAAUACCGAUUAUUCAUGGUACCGUUGACCUUCCGGUCGUAGUCGAUGUUCCUGAUAUUCUCCGAUCCGCAGAAACACGAAAAACCGAACACGUUAGCGUUUAUACCGUGCGACCUUUCGAUACAAGGCCUGUGUCUAGAUUCUCCAUUCAAACGACAUCGACAUUGUCUACAAAUAUGGUAAUACCGACAAAGCUAAGACCACCUCAAAUUAAUUAUAUUCAGCCGAGCAGAUCAUCGACGAUUCAUCGCGAUGUCAAUCCAACGAGAUCGCAUAUAUCUGAUAUUCCUCCAAAUCCUGUUAAGCGACCAGAGCAUCCAGUAUUCUUGGAAUCUAGUUACGAAAGCGUCUCACCGUCGACCAGGGUAGAACCCACCGAGUCUUUAACAUUUAUCAUUGGAACGGAUCAAAAGAAACAACAACAUUCGACCGUGUCGAACAUCAAGACACAAAAACCGCAUGCAACCGAAUACAGAACAGUCAAUAGAACAGCGAACGAAGACUCAUCGAUAAUCGUUACCAGGGUCGACAGUUCAAUCACUAAAAUAACAAGUACAUUGGCACCAACGUUAAACAAUAAGACGUAUCCCGAAACAAGUGAUUCGACUGUGCAAUUUACAAAGGACAUUGAGAAAACUACAUCUAGUGUCAUCGCCAAAGAGGAGUCCAAUGUUACUAUACGUACGAAGCCAAAAGAGGUGACACGAUUCAAGACAUCGACGGUAACGAGAACUAAGACAUCGGUACUAGGUUCGCCACCAACAACGAGAACGCUUCUACUCACGCACACGAUGACCACGACGACUGUGGAGACAGUGACAGAAACAUUGUUGCGUCCGACGAGUGUUGUAUCUACGGUAACUUCGACGAUCUUACAACCGAUCGUUACAAGGAUACCUUCAUCUUACGACAAUGUGGAUAAUGACUCGAUAUUUGUAGUAAUGAGUGAUCAGAAACCACCCGCGCCCGGAGCAGAAGAGGUUGAAGCUGAAUACGGAGAUGAAGUAUCUCGCGACGAACAGGAUCCGGCAGGCAAUGAAAUUCACAGAGUAUUAGCGGGCGGAGUAUUAGGCGCACCAACGGUGCCUGUUACACCUGUCGCGAAUCAAUGUACACCAGAGUGUAAAGCAUCCAAGUCAGAAAUUUGCGCCGAAAUAGGAACAGAAAUGAGAUGCGUUUGCCGGCCAGGUUUCGCGAGAAUGUUUCCGGAUCGACCUUGCAAACCGACUUACACGUAUACUUUACGCGUUGGUCUGGACCGCGUCGGUCAUGAAUUCGUGGCGUACGAAACUGCCUUAAAUGAUUCCGCAUCAGCAAUUUACAAACGCUUGGCGGCUCCGACGAAGGAGGCCUUAGACAGAACUUUAAUGCAGAGUGAUUUGAGAGACGUAUACAGAGGACUCAAAAUUGCCGGGUUCGCUCCGGAUCCUACGAAAGUCGAAUUUCACGUGCAGCUGAGCGAUAACGCUAACGAGACCAGAUUAAAGGAAGUUCUUCGAAAAUAUUUAAUUGGAAGUAAUUACAGUUUAGGCGGCACGGAAGUUUACGCUUCGAAGAAUCUUGAUUUGAUCGAGGCGAUCGAUUUUGAUGAAUGCGCUUCUAAAGAAGGAGGUCCGUACCAUGAUUGUUCGCCUCAUGCAGCGUGCUUCAACUUACGAGGAUCCUACCAAUGCUCUUGUAGAGAAGGUUGGGCUGACCUGUCGGACAAUCCAGCGUAUCCCGGAAGAGUAUGCUCGCAAGCUCCAUUGGGAUGCGCUGGUUGCAGCAACAAAGGUCAUUGCGUCACCAACUCUCUCGGUCAAGAAAUGUGCGAAUGCUUCCCUUGGCACAGCGGCCAGCGUUGUCAAGUUAAUCUCAAAGUUUUAUUAAUAGCUCUGGUGACGACUGGAGCGAUCUUGUUGGGUCUCCUAGCAAUUUGUGUGGGAAUGACGUGUUUCCGACGCCCAGGACGCAAUCGAAAGGCAGGCGACAGACGAGCGAUGAUUCCCAGAACAAGUGGCGAUACCAGUAGCGAGGGUAGCGUCACCGACUUGGCCAUUCCGCAUCAUGUACCGCAUAUUUUACCACCGCCGCCGCAAAUGAUCGCGCCGCUGCCGCCAAAUAAACGACCAGUUCGCAAGAUUAGCGCAAAACCUCGUCAACCGCCCAGAAAAGCUACCAUGAUUCCUGCAGCUGCAAUACCAAUGCAUGACGAUCAGCGCGAUCGCUCCUUGACGGUAAUGAUACCGCGCGCUAAAUAUCGAUCGGCACCGCAGUCGCCGCAAAAUUACAAGGCCGGCAUGAGUACGUUCGCCGCCGAGGAACACAAACUCAUCAAUUAUCUCGACAAUGGCGCGAACUGCCCGGGAAACAGGAAACCAAGCAUAUCCAGCAUGAAAGACUGCAAGGAGGCUGAUCUGCAAGGGACAAGAAAUCCGGUGACGCCUACGGGCGCUCUCGUUAGUGCCGGUUUUCAGGUAUCAGCGACAGUGACCCGUACGGUAGACGCCGAAUCCACUUUGGCACGUUCCUGCGGCGAAACGACUGUAGAACCGGCGACUAAGGUACUGAGGAGCGAGGACCUUCAAGUUGACCUUGACUCAACUCUGGCGCGCUCGUGUGGCGAGACAACCAUCCAGGCUCCGACCAAGCUUCUCAGAUUGGAUCUAGGCGAAGCUGGCUCGACCUUGGCGAGAUCCUGCGGCGAGACGACGAUCCAGCCGCCGACGAAGGUCGCCGCCGCGCGAAGAAAUAGCGUCAAGGACACUAGAGAUAACAGAGAUACCAGAGACAGCGCCAGCGAAGGUCACACCAUGGCUGAGCGAGAUUUAGGCAGCACACUGAGACUUCCGGCGCAGCAUCCGCCGUUAUAUAGUCCAGACAGGACUAGCGAUCGGGAGUCCAACUUCGAUUCGCUGUAAACGCUCAAACGAGUACGAGUCACGACGUGUAAGAAGAUUGAUCGCGGACAAAGCCGCUGGACGGUGUUCUCCGUAGAUUUAUUAAUUAUUUGUCGAAAUCUAUCGUAAUUGAAACUGUUAAAGCUAUCAUAUGUACUAUUUCAUGACUCCGUCUUAUUUGUACGAGUCUAUGUAUGGUACCUCUAUUUAUUUGUUUCAUAUUUUUAUUGACUAGUAAUAAUUCAAUAUCGCACCUGGUGCCAAAAUUUGUCAACCAAGUCUUUCUAAAUUACAACUUGAUCGACAAAUGCUUCUAAGGUGAAAAUCCUGCGUGUAAACUUUGUAAGGACGGAAGAUAAGCGCGCGUGACUCAACCCCGUGCCAAAAUACAACCAAUGAAAUAAGGAAGGCUCCUCGAGGAAGUUCCUUCUCUUGCCUUCCUAUACAUGUCGUUUUCACGAGAUCGAGCAACUCGUCGCUGCAGGUGAUUGAAAUAUUCGUUUCAACAGAUAAAAUUUAAAUAUAAUAUAUAUAUGCGUGUAAAAUAAUUCGAUUGUUGAUGGAUUUAAGUCAAGUCAUAAAAAACAUUAAAUUGAUCAUCAAAGCAAAUUUUUCAUAGAAAUAUACAUAUAUGUAUUUAAAGCUGGAGAGAAUGAUAUUUCGAUCGACGCAGCUUACCAUGCAUGUGCGAGCAUGGUGCAACAGUGUCAUAAAUAAUGGUGGAUGGCGUCAAGCCGUCGUGCUAUUUGCACGACGAGAAAGCUCGAUAUGUACAUUGAACACGAAAGGAGAAUAUUUUUUUUUUUUUUAUUAUUGUUGUUAUUGUUUGUUUGUUUAGUCUAUUCUCCGACGAAACGUGUUAUGUUGCCCGGCUUCGUUACAAGGCUUUAUUUCGAAAAUUAGAAUGCCAAGAGAGCAAAAAUAAAUUCAGAAUUUCUAGUUUAAAAAUUUGCAAAUUAAGAUAAUCUUGAAAUGACUGUACUUUAAAAUUCUACGUUUAAGAAAAACAUACUAUUAUUUCGGUUCAAAGCCGAGACAAAGCCGCGGCAACGUCGUUGUGUCAAACUCGAAAGAGAGCAUGUGAGACGCGUUACGCUGUAUUUACUGUUAGCUCAAUAGAGAUAGCAUAAUUAAAAAUAUAACGAAGGACACAGGCGUAUAUCAUGUAUCAAGAUUUUUUCGUAAAUUCAUAUUUCGUCAAAAGAUUAUUCCGCCCGUAUGUGACGAAUUAAAUUUUGCCGAUUUAAGAAACGAAAAUGACGAUGCUCAUAUUUUAAGUUUUGUUACUAACUUUGUCCUCCUUUGCGUCCAAAUAAACCUUCCAUUUAUACUUAUACAUAUACAUAGAUAUUAUAUAUGUAUAUAUACAUAUACAUAUGUACAUACAUACGUAUAUGCAUAUAUAUACAUUACUUCUUCUGUUGUACAUAAACUCUCCUCCGGAACCUCUUCUACGUAAUGCUACUGUAAUUUUGUAUACUUAGCGCAUGUACACACUUAUACGUACUUUUAAUAAAAGUCAAUAAUAUAA